AUGUCGACGCCGCCCAGAUCUUAUUGGUCUACCCCGCCCAUCGACACCGAAGCCAAGACAGAAAGCUACCCCAAACGGCAUAGAGAAAUGGGCACACCGGACGAGGGGAGGGCAACACACGGCUCCGAUUCGGCCUCGACAUGUGCCGCCGAGCUCCGGCGACCCGCCAUUUGCCCGUUUCUACCGGUGGUCGUCCCGUCUUUCCUCUGGAAUCCUGCUGACCCCCGCAUGCAUACCGUCAACCCAAUUAGAGGAUCCGAGUUGCAUAUGGUGUGA